GUAUACAGUUGUGUGUGUGAGUGUGUUACAGUUUCCAAAACUCAGUAAGAAAUUAUUCCAAAAAUCUGAGCCACAUGACUAGAUUUCAUUUUACUGCUGUACGCGGAGUGUAAAACAGAUGCAAAGGAACAUCACUUGCAUUUCACCCAGUAAACUCAAAUCAUGCAAGUAUUUGCACAACACACCUCCCUUAUUUUCAUUUCCUCCAGUAUUCAGUCUUGCAUUUCCACUCAUGCAACAGUUUGUGUAGCAUUCAUUCCUUUGUUCAAACAGAUUUGAUCAAAUUAUUAAACGUCUGCUAUAUGUGGAUUGAAAUGCUAAAAAUAUACAUUAGAUUGCCUAUCAAUAAGGAUUAAGAAAUGUACUUCACAAUAACACUUCACAAUAUUUUUUUCUUCCUUCCGAUGUUCUUUUCCUCUCCAAAUGUGGGUUUAAUUUAAUAAUGUCAUUUCUGUAGGACAUAAAACACAUAAAGAAGAAAUGUGUCUAUCAACGCCUGUCUUGUCUCGUGUAAUUUAUUGCUUAUGAGGUAAACAGCACACUUAUGUCUCACUGAAGUGUAUUCUUUGUGCAUCCGUCCGUGCUUUAAUCUUUUCCAUCAAAUGAUUUGAAAUGUUCUGAUUUGAAUAUUGAAUGUCAAUGCGUGACUAUCACUAUCACUGUUUUUAUUCUUUUAUUUUGUUUGCAUACAUAAAAUAUUUAAUUUUAAUGCGCAUUCACAUAUGCACGGAAAAAGGUUUUUUUAUAUUUUAUUUUAUUUUUUAUAAGAGCUAUAUUCGCAUCCUCUCCCCCUUUAAAUUCAUUGCAAACGUUGUAGUGCAUGCAAUAUUGCAUUGUUUUAUUUGCGUUAAAGCGGAUACAGACAAGCAGUGCGCCGGUCUAUCAGGUGCUGUGUGUUUGUGCGCGUGUAUGUGUGAGUGAGUGAGUGUGUGUGUGUGUGUGCGUGUGUGUGUGUGAGACAGCGGCUCGCGAUGUCCACGCUUUCCACCACUGUUCUGGUGAUCCGAUAGUUGUGAAAAGCCACCACUAGUCGCCCCCAGUGCUCUUGCAGUCUCCAAUUUUCUUUCCCACUGUAGACUUAACGUCACGUCCGCACUUGAACUUGAAUUUUAUCCCAUUGUACGGAGGCAGCCCUCGCCACAGAGACACUGAGAGCUCCCGGAGAAGCAGGACUCCGCCAUCUUCACAGAGGCAGAAAAGGGAGAAAGAAAAAAAAGCUUCAUUCAUUUGGAAAGGAGGUGGCAAGUCCAUGUCCCUGGUCUCCAGUGCGCAAAGCCGAAUAGUGGAGCAAGUGCAAAGAGUUGGAGAGAGUGCAAAGUAACCGGGCAUCGCAUUCACUUAGAGCCCAGGAGAGAAGAAGAACUGUCCAGUGCUUGGCACACUCAAGUGCCAACUCACGGAGAAUCUGGAUUCGUUUCAUCCGAUCUAAUAAGUAAUGACCAUUUUUCUUUUUUAGAGUUAUUUUGACUCAGUGAGAGAGAGAGAGAGAGAGAGAGAGAGAGAGAGAGAUAGAUAGAAAAAACGAAUUGCUUUUGACAAAUCCACAAGGCGCAGACCGGACGAAGAGAGAGCCGCGAGAGGGUCCAACCUACCCAAACGCACCGGGCAUCUCGUUCUGAGACAUUUCCCUUGGUUUCUUCACAACUGUCACUCGUGAAGGAUAUUUUCGCCCUCAGACAGAUCGCGCUCUGCACACAGCUGAAGUGCAUGUGUGUGUCGCUGAGAUACUGAGCGUCUGCGCGUCUCUGGUCAUCUGGAGAGCCGGAGCGCAAAGACACUUUCGCUUCUCUCACAUUCACGGGACCCCUAUCUGUAUUCACGGCCCGGAGCUGUGGCAGUUCUUUGGAAGUCCCAGGAAAAGUUAGUUACCGAGGUGGGUAAAAUCCCACGCCACGGACACGGAGGACAGAAGGCGCGAGCCGACUAUUCCUUGUGCGGGUCUCUGGGCGAUGCCAGUGUAAAUGCCAGGGCAAUGUCCCGUCGCAAGCAGGGAAACCCUCAGCAUUUGUCGCAAAGAGAAAUUAUAACACCGGAAGCUGAGCAUGUGGAUGCGGGACUGGCCGUGGCUGAUCUCCACUCUCACCCUCACCCGCUGCUGGAUCCCAGCAUGCCAGGGCAUCUGCCUCCGGGCCUGGGCGACCAUGACCUCCUCACCUGUGGCCAAUGCCAACUAACCUUUCCCCUGGGGGACAUUCUGCUCUUCAUUGAGCACAAGAAAAAGCAAUGCCAGGGUCUGACAACCGGCCACGGCUGCUACGACAAGAUGGCGGAUCGCAAUAGCCCCUCGCCGCCCCGCGCAGAGCUGAGAAAAGUGGUGGAACCGGUCGAAAUUGGAAUCCAGGUGACACCUGAAGAAGAGGACGAGAGACUGUGGACGCCUCCAAAAGGAAUUUGCCCCAAGCAAGAAAGUGGCCUGGCAGGUAGAGAUGAACCUUCAAGUUACAUAUGCACGACGUGCAAACAGCCCUUUACCAACGCCUGGUUCCUUCUGCAACACGCUCAGAACACACAUGGGAUCCGCAUCUACUUGGAGACCAACCACUCGAAUACCUCCCUGACCCCACGGAUCACUAUUCCUCCCCCCAUUGGUGCUGAAUCCAUACCACAGUCUCCAUUAACCAACUUUUUAGGGGAAAACAACCCCUUCCACCUCCUACGGAUGUCUGGGCCCCUACUUAGAGAGCCCCCACCUGGCUUUGUGGAAAACCGCCUCCCUAAUACGCCUCCUUUUGUCAGCCCCCCUCCUCGCCAUCACUUAGAUCCCCAUCGCCUAGAACGCCUUAGCGCAGAGGAAAUGGGUUUAAUCUCCCAGCAUCCCAGUGCCUUUGAGAGAGUGAUGCGCAUGACACCCAUGGCCAUGGAGUCCCAGUCCAUGGAUUUCUCCCGCCGACUCAGAGAGCUCGCUGGAAACAACAACUCCACUCCACCGCUUUCACCAAGCCGUGCCAACCCUAUGCAUCGCCUCCUCAAUCCCAACCCCUUCCAGCCCAGCCCGAAGUCGCCCUUUCUGAGCACCCCUCCACUACCUCCCAUGCCCCCUAACAGCACCACCCCACCGCAGACACAGGGCAAGUCGAAGUCCUGUGAAUUCUGUGGUAAGACCUUCAAGUUUCAGAGUAAUCUGGUUGUUCAUCGGCGAAGCCACACAGGCGAAAAACCCUACAAGUGCCAACUGUGUGAUCAUGCCUGUUCUCAGGCUAGCAAACUGAAACGACACAUGAAGACCCACAUGCACAAGUCUGGCUCCAUGACAGGGCGUUCUGAUGAUGGCCUUUCCACCACCAGUUCACCCGAGCCAGGAACUAGUGACGUCACUGGGGAGGGUAUGAAGAACAGAGAAAGUGAUUUUAGAGGUGAGGGCAUGGGCCCUGAAAAUGAAGAAGAGGAGGAAGAGGAAGAAGAGGAGGAACUAGAAAAUGAAAGUAGGCCUGAGUCAAACUUCAGCAUGGACUCGGAGUUCUGUCGGAAUAGGGAAAAUGGCUCAAAGCCACCUUCAGAUGAGAAGAACCUCUCCUUGGGGAAGAUGGUGGAAAAUGUAGGGCUCAGCUCCAUCCAGCAGUACAAUAACUUAAUAGUUGACAAUCGGAAAAGGCUUCCGUUCUCCAAAAGGAUGUCAGAAGGGCAGAGGGAUGUAGGUAACCACGAUUCAGUAACAGGGGAAAUAGACCAAGUGGAGCGGGCAACUGUGAACGGAAGGAACUGUGGCUCGGGUGACUCUUUCUCAGGACUGUUUCCCCGUAAGCCCACUCCCAUCACCAGCCCCAGCCUCUCCAACUCUUCUAACAAGAGGAUCAAAAUCGAAAAGGAUUUAGACAUACCCCCAGCCCCCCUAAUCCCAUCUGAAAACGUCUACUCCCAGUGGCUAGUGGGCUAUGCAGCAUCCCGCCACUUCAUCAAAGAUCCCUUUCUUGGCUUCACCGAUUCCAGACAAUCUCCAUUCGCCACCUCCUCAGAGCACUCUUCCGAGAACGGCAGCCUGAGAUUCUCCACGCCACCAGGGGACCUGCUGGACGGGGGCCUCUCCGGUCGCAGUGGUACCGCUAGCGGAGGCAGCACCCCACACUUGGGUGGGGGGCCAGGACCAGGCCGGCCCAGCUCAAAAGAAAGCCGGAGGAGUGACACCUGUGAGUACUGUGGGAAGGUGUUCAAGAACUGUAGCAAUCUGACAGUGCACAGACGCAGCCACACAGGCGAGAGGCCCUACAAGUGUGAGCUUUGCAACUACGCCUGCGCCCAGAGCAGCAAGCUCACCCGCCACAUGAAGACACACGGCCAGCUCGGUAAGGAAGUGUACCGCUGUGACAUUUGCCAAAUGCCCUUCAGCGUCUACAGCACGCUCGAGAAACACAUGAAAAAGUGGCAUGGGGAACAUUUGAUGACGAAUGAGGUCAAAAUUGAACAAGCAGAGAGAAGCUAAGCCAGAUUUCCUAUUUUGCCUCACAAUUCCUUGAUUAUAAAAGGGGUAGCUGGAUACUCUGUUUUUUUUCCGUUUGUUUGUUGUUGUUGUUUUUUUGUUUCUUUUUUCCUUAUUUUUUCAAGUUAAUGGUUUGAGUUAGUUUUGUCCUAAGAAACUGCCAUCUGAGAAUGAUAAAGACAUUAAAGAAAAAAAAGGGGGAAAUUAAUUUGGAGCCGCCAUAAACCGCCUAUAUAUGAGUUGAUACAUUAGACAAUAUUUUAAAUGGAGCCUUUAACUGUGCAAUAAUUUCUGUAUUUAUUGGAUUUUUUUAUGUUUUGGCAUGUGCAGGUUCAUUUUUUUUUUUUUAUUAUCUUAUGAUUUAUUUCAAAUGCUGAGAUUUUGUUUAAACCAGAAGACAUCCUGAGAUUUUUGUUUGUUUGUUUUUAGCAAAACAGAGUAUCGUUUGCGAGAUCCAUAGGCCGCUGCUUACAAUGUAGAUUAUUUAAGAUACACAUGUAAUUUCUUGAAGAGAAGCCGCAUUCUAUCUUCAUAUUUUGAAAGCUGAAUUGAGAAAGCUUAGUCUUUCUUUUUGUUUUCCUUUUUUGUUUUUUAUCCAUACUUACGAAAUGAGCGGACAACAAUCCUUAGACCUUGUAGCACGAACUGAUUUUAAGCAUGUCAAUCUAAUUGGGAACGUAGCACUGAAUAUCAGUUCUAACAGUAAAUCUAAAGAGAACUGUGGGGCUGAAGACAUCCGUCUACUCGAAAUCAAGGAGAGGAGACUAUAAAGACAGACAAAAGUGAAGGCAGCUGCUUAUCGGUACCUAGUACCAACCCAGACAACGCUAGUCAUAGUAUGGAUUGUGUUGUAGGUCUCAAUAGUCAGUUUUAAUCGCCAGCACCCUUUCCAUAGACACUGCACUUAAACAAACCCAUUUGAUUUUGCUGAACAGCACAAUAGUAGUAGAAUGAAGAUGGCUUUAAAACAACUCAGGGUGAGCUGCAUAGCUACUUCUGCCAAGUCUGCUAUCUGAUCUCAGCCGUCUUCUCUGAUAAAGCAGUCCGGUCCUCUGGUUCAGCUCAUUCACAACCCUCGCCUUGUCUCCACACUUCAUAUUAUACUGCCAACAACCCUUAAAUGUCAUGAAUCAACUCCAUCUUUCCCGUAAAAGUGGCUUGUCAUACUACAUCGUUUUUAAGUUAAAGGAACAGACGUCUAGGCCAGAGGAUGAAGCAGUUUUCGUACACUAGCAGAGUGAUUUAAACACACACACACACACACACACAGGAAGAGAAAGAGAGAGAAGGAUCUUUACAGUCCAAUUCGGGUUAGUAAACCUAAAAGCACAUUAGUCAAAGCAAGGCAGCAUCACUGUUCUGUUUCCGUUGACUGACAUUUAAAUCUAAACAUUGUUAUUUUGUGUUUAGUUCUGUUGUUUCAUUUUUGGGUAUUAGGUUCUGAGGUUCUAGACGGAAUCACCACUUUAACCAGAUUAGAUUAGAAUGAAUUCAACAAUUAUACUUUCAGCAAUGUUGUCAUUCUAUUACAAUGUCUCUUAAGUCACUUGAAACAGCCCUAUGCAUUUUUGUACAUAUAUAUAUUUAUCAAUCAUUUUGAGAAACAAAUUUAUACUGCAAAGUUAAUCUGAUUAUAGUUAUAAAACGUGUAUGAUAUUGAUUUAUCUGGUUAAUCUGGUCAUGUCCCUUGUGUCAGAGCCAUCAGCAGGUAUGCAGAUUAGUCAAUUGCACAGUAAAGAGUGUAUGUCAUGACCUGUUGAGCGUGUGCUAAAACAGUAAGACAAUUUUUUUCUUUCUUUCUUCUCAUUCAGGACUUCCUGUGAUGUGUAGUUGAACACAUUCUCAGAAGUAGCAACACGCUUACAGAAUGCAGAGCUGAAUUUUCCCUUUUCUUUUCUCUUCUAUCCAACUGAUUUAUUGGCAGUUAAACAGCCUUCUUUCGACAAGAUGCCCUAACCAGCGCAAACGAUUGAAGCGAGGGAAUAUCGUGGUUUUAAAAAGAGCAAAGCGAACUAAUGAAAUAGAAAGAGAGAGAGAAAUAAAAGUAAACAUACAUGUACGCAGCUCUUCGCAGUUGACCCGCACUUUAUUAUUUUGAUUUACAUAUUUGAAAACAAUAGCGAAAACGGCUUCUGAGCAAGAAAUUAUGUUAAAAUACAAAUUUAUUGGGCCUUUAUAGAGGGAGCAUCUGAGAUUGAAGUGCCAGUGUUGAUAGGCUUGGCUUUCACAAUGCUGGCACUAUAAAAAUGAAAUUAAUUUAUUUGGACAGUUUUUGUACUGCCAUUCAAUUUGACAAGAGUGUGCCUUGAAUACUGAUCUUCCUAUUUAUUGUCUUAUAAGACAAAUGCAACACUUUUGUGAAGCAAAGAAUUGAAAAAAAAAAAAAAGAAUUAUAAUAUUAUUUUAAGUCCAUGUGGUUUUAAUCUGCUUCUAGAAGAAUAAUGAUAAAAACAGAUACAUAGGUCACUUAAAGAACUAAGUUGAACUAAAAUGAAAAGUAGCCAGCACAAUACUAAUGUGUGUCUAUGUGUGUAUAUAUAUGUAUGCAUAUGUACAUAUAACUGCACAAAAACACACACAAAAGACAAAUAUAUAUAAAUAUGUAUAUGUAAAAUUUUUCACUUCAUGACAAGACUGCGUCCCUUGAACAUAAUGGAUGAUUUUUUGCUACAAAUAGUCAAGGAAGAGACUGGACAAAAAUCAGGAACUACAGAAAUGUAAAAAAAAGAAAAAAAGUAAAAAAAAAA